AUGCCUCUGGCAGAAAACUGUUCCAUCUCUCCGGAUGAUGCACGAAACAGCAUAAUUGGACUGGCGCGGGAUCUGGCUGGCGUAGCAUUCAGUCUCAACACCAUGGCAGCAUUUCAGCACUUUCUGGACUGGUUCUAUCCCUCCCUUUUCAGUCUUUUUGGUCGCGCACUAGAACUUUGGCCCUUUGAUCCGCUGGUUAACUGCCCCGUGCUUAAACUUCUUGCAGAAAUUGUGCAUAAUCGGAAUGAUCGACUGAAGUUUGAUGGUACUCUACCCAUGGGGUAUUUACUGCUUGCAGAGAUGACUAAAAUUCUCAUCAACUUUGGUGCUCAGUUGAUACCCUUCUGCAGUCAAGUGACCGAAGAUAAUCUUUAUUCACACAAGGUGAAGCCCCUCACACGCUGCUUGAAUGCCUUACGAAUUACGCUGAGUGGAAAGUAUGCCAACUUUGCAAUAUUUGGCCUUGUUGGAGAUGACUCGUUUGAGAAGACUGUCAAGUUGAGUGCUGACAUACUAUUAUGUGUCACGGAGGAAGAGUUGAGGGGAUUCAUCAAGCUCAGCAAAGCCUACUUUGCAUUGCUUGAAUGCCUCACACAAAGCCACAUGACACUGAUAAGUUCGUUGGACUCCUCCGUCAUUCGUCGUUUUUUCAACGCCAUCGUGAUAGGCGUCGACUCUCUUGAUGCUUCGAUAUCAUGGAGCGCCUGCGCCUGUCUUGACUACAUCUUAACGCACAUCUAUAAGGUAUCAAAUACUCUUUCAUCCUCACAAAGUAACGAUGCCAACGAUGUCACCGCCAAUAGUAACAACACCAACGAUAACGUAAUGCUCAAAGACUCAGAAUAUCCUCUCUUUGUUCCUACCCCACCUACCUCAUUGCCCACGUCAGAAAUCGCUCAGGCCGCGCGUCAACGUCUCACAGCCCGCAUGGCCGGGGCGGUGCCCAGCAGAGGUUGCUGCUCCGCUCUGGCCAUCUGGUCGGACCGUGAAGUAGCAGCUAACGCUAACUUACAACAAAAUUUUAUCAGUCAUACUGGCAAUGCCUUUGGAGGGGUCAGUGAGUUUACUAUGGCCUCACGACAGCUGAUUGUCACUUUCCUGUCCUCUUUUAUGAAUGAGGAGUGCAAGAAUCAAUGGAGCGUCUCUAGACCCCUAUUGGCUCUGAUCCUUCUCAAUCAGGAUUACUUUGCAAAUCUCCAACGACUUGUCCUGAACGCUGUGAGUCCACACCAACGGCCCGAACUGGAGGGCAUCUUCAGAAAACUAAUGGAAAACGUGGAUAACAAUCUAUAUGCCAAAAAUCGUGAUAAAUUCACACAGAACAUAUCAGUCUUCCGGCACGCGUUGAUGGAAUUCAUGAAGACGGUUAGUGUGAAACUUAUGGGAAACCAGCAAGCAACUGCGGCUAACUACGACACCAGCGAGAUGUUCUCCCUCCGUUCUAUCCUCCUCUCUAGUGCAGCCUCUCUCUGA